UGGUAACAGUAACCACAUCUUGGCUUGAGCCUUUUAAAGAGCAGGGAUCAGUCUGAUCUCCAUAGCACUGAUUAUGCAUUUUUCAUCGUGCCAUAUGAAAUUAAUGUUUAAUAAAUAUAUUUAAUGAGAUGAUGGGGUGAGAUGAGAUAGAAAAGGGGCUAUUUUUAGAGGAUGGAAGAAGGAUUAGGUAGGGAAGGGAGAGUGAAAAGAUUAAUAUUUUAGAUCUUCCUUUUUUGAAAAUGUAAUUCUAGGUAAGGGAACUUGAAUUUUAUGUCAGUAUGAACAUUUCAAAAAAGUUUGUACUGGGAAAAAGUUAACCCAGUUAGGGCAAUUAUUGUAUAGUGUAGGGCAGGUAUUGUGUUAUGUAUACAUACAUAAUGUAUAAUUUUGAAGAUCUGUAGUAUUGAAGAGAAAGGUGUUUAAAUUUUGCUCUGUUCCUUGUAAUUUCUACAGAGGAAAUAAAGUGAGUUGCAUGAAACUAUAGUGACUAACUUUGUUAAGCAUACAUCUAUAUGUCAUCCUUUUCGUCUCUCAGAGCCACCAUGGAUACUGCUAGCCAUAGCCUUGUCCUUCUGCAGCAGUUGAAUAUGCAGCGGGAGUUUGGUUUUCUCUGUGAUUGCACUGUUGCCAUUGGAGAUGUUUACUUCAAAGCUCAUCGGGCCGUGCUUGCUGCUUUUUCUAAUUAUUUCAAAAUGAUAUUUAUUCAUCAAACUAGUGAAUGCAUAAAAAUACAGCCGACUGAUAUCCAACCUGAUAUAUUCAGUUAUUUGUUGCACAUUAUGUAUACUGGGAAAGGGCCAAAGCAAACUGUGGAUCAUGGCCGUUUGGAAGAAGGAAUUCGAUUUCUUCAUGCAGAUUAUCUUUCUCACAUUGCCACAGAAAUGAACCAAGUCUUUUCUCCAGAGACUGUCCAGUCUUCAAAUCUGUAUGGGAUUCAGAUCUCAACCACACAAAAAACCACAGCCAAGGAAGGCCUGGAGAUGAAAGAGAACCCUUCUAAUAGCAACGGAAACAGAAGUAUUGCCCAAGGUGACCACCCCCAGUUACAGCUCUCCCUUGCUAUUGGGCUGGAUGAUGGCACUCCAGACCAGCAGAUAUCCCAUGCUUCUUCUCAGUCGAUGGAGGAGCUUCAGAAGCCUCCAGUAUCUAUCAAACAAGAAAGGUGUGACCCUGAAUCCGUUGUGUCUCAGAGCCACCCCUCUCCUUCUUCAGAGGUGACAGGCCCAACUUUCACUGAGAGUGGUGUCAAAAUACACUUGUGCCAUUACUGUGGGGAACGCUUUGACUCGCGGGGUAACUUGCGAGAACAUCUCCACACUCAUGUGUCUGGGUCCCUUCCGUUCGGAGUUCCAGCUUCCAUCUUGGAGAGUAAUGACCUUGGGGAAGUCCAUCCAAUCGGUGAAAGCAACGAGGCUCUUGGCGAGUGCCACCGGCUCAAUACCUUUCUUGUCAAAGAAAAUGAGCAGCAGCCUGACCACCCAAAUCGUGGCAGCAUGGAACCGUUGCAGAUCAGUCAGCUGUCUCUGAUCUCCAAAGAUACAGAACCAGUGGAGUUAAACUGUAACUUUUCUUUCUCCAGAAAAAGAAAAAUCAACUGUACUAUCUGUGGUCAUAAGUUUCUCCGGAAGAGCCAAUUGCUGGAACACAUGUAUACACAUAAAGGAAGUGGAAAAGCACUACUAACACCAUUUUACAGAAAAAAACCCAAAACCUGAAUCCCAGAGGUCAAGUGGUGGUGGUGUGGGGACUGACCCCAGCCUUCAUUUAUUCAUACAUACAUGCAUGCAUGCAUUUGUUCCUUUGUUUAGCAGAUUUUUGUUAAAGCACCUUCCAUGGGCCUAACACAGUGUUCUAAGUCUGGUGGUGGUGUGAUAAUAGACACAAAGGCUAGCAAAGAAAGACAGCCUUCCACCCCCCACAAAAUCAGUGAAAUAAUUUGGGACUUCAUUUUGUCUUCUUCAACAUAGGUAUGCAAUAUCAACCUACUUCACAGGGAUCAGCGUGAAUCAAUUCAGUCAUGAAUUUUGAAUCCUCCAAAUUAUGUAGGUUUUUGGCCUAUAAUUCCCUGGUAUAGGAAGCCUCAGGCUAGCAGCUCAUCUGUGACUUAGAGCCUUUGAGGGCCCAUGGCCAUAGACAAUACGUAUUACUGUCCAGGCUUGAACCCCAAUCUGCCUAACUCUAAGGCUUUCUCACUAUCCAUUCUGCCACUCUGAUAAUAAGCAUUAUCACAUUACUACACAAAUACAAUACACAGAUGUCCUUUAUGAAUCAUCUUUAGAAAUCUCUCCCCUGUCACUUUCCAGACCUUAAAUAUAGUGGGUUCCUUGUCUUGCAUUUACCAUCUGCUAGCUCAAAUGCAGCAGCUGUGGAUCCAAACGGAUUUCAGAAAAUGCUGUACUUUUCAGAGAUGUUGGUUGUGAUGUAACGGUAUUUUUUUUUUUUUUAAAUCAGGUAGAUUGUGUCUAAUUGUUAUGGAUUUUGUCAGUAUUCGGAGAAUGUUUAUUUUUCCUGCCUUACAAAGACACUGAGAACUUUCUGAUUUAUAAUUGUCCAAAUUUUUAUUUUUUGCUCUGAUCUUCUGUUUUGUCUUUAAAAGGAUCAGACAAAUGCCUAUUUCACGGGUGUUAGGAUUAAUGUAUGAAACUGUCAAAGUGUUCAGUCUUGUUAGUCCCAUGUGUGGGAGACCUUACUGUUGUUGUUUCCCUGUAUUCUUUAGCUAAGCUUGGAAUGUCAGUAUUUUGGGGCAUUCAUGAGAGAACCCUAGAAACAUGGAAAUUUUCUAGCCUGUUAACAGCUUCAUCUUAUGAGGCAUCAAGGUUGAGAAAUUAAUGCUUAAAAUCCGAAAUUUAAGAUAAAUGAAUGUGAACUUUAAACAUAUUCCAGCAUCACUAAAAACCAGCUAAUUUCAAUAUCUGGUGAAAGCACAUUGAACAGUAAAAGGGGAAAGCCCUUAGUUUUCUAGGUAUAGUACAAACAGUCGCAAAGGAAAAAAAAGGAUAAUGAAAUAUAUGAGUUCAUGUCCUUUCUUAUUCAUACUUUUGGAAGCAAAACUUCAAACAAGGUAAAAGGAAAAAAUAAUAGUCUUGGGAUGGUACAAUUUCAGUAAAGCCUUUCUUAGGCAAAUUUUUGAUGUUGAAACUGAAGAUUGAAUGUCAUUUUUGGUAGUAAUUUAGAUUAAAAUAUAAACUGUGUGAAGAGUACAGAAAACCCAUCUAGUUUAGUCAUUGCGUCUUUGUAUGUUUCAAGUUGCAAAUGUAGCUGUAUAGUAUUUUCUUAUGACAUUGAGUUUAAAAUUCUUCAUACCAAAAUCAGUAAAUGAUUAUUCUGUGAUAUAAAUCUAUUGGAUUUAAGGGGGAAAUUAUGGUGAGAUUAUGAAUCUUCCUCUCCAACCCACUUCUCCCAACAUUGAAUCUUUUUAAGUACGGGAAAAGCCAAGCUCAUGAUUUUUCAGGGCUUGGAGAAGCCAGUUCAUUGUGCUUUACUCGGUAUGUGUCUGUGACACACCUUGCACACUUAGGCUGAUGUUCAUACAGCUUCUUUUUUCCUGUUACUGACUUGUCUCUGUUGUGUGCCCACUGUUUUGUCAGGUAGAUAAAAUAUAAGCUGGAAGCAUUAAAAAAAAUUGGAUUACAAAAUUUGCAUAAUUAAAAAAAAAAAGCCCUCAUAAGAGUUUUCAGAAGACAGGUAAUGUACAGAAAAUAGACUAUACCAAUACCAGUAAUAAACACAUUGUAUUAUUGCAUGACAGAGUUAUGCAAUUCCAUUUAAAAUGAAUUUAAAAUGUUUCAAAUAUCUGUUCCUUUAAAAAUAAAACUGUCAUCCUUUUAUUGGAAUGGAAGCAAUUUCAUUUUCAUGUAUUUUAUCAAGAAAAAAUAAAUGUGUGACAAUUUAAAAUACUG